AUGUUUGCUUUACUAUUGUUGUGUGCUUUCGUAUCAGCCAGCCAUGGUGCCCGAAUCCUUGGUGUGUUCAUGACUCCAAGCUAUAGUCAUCAAGUAGUGUUUCAACCCAUCUGGAAGGAGUUAUCGUUGCGAGGUCAUCAAGUAACUGUUUUGACACCAAACCCUUUGAACGACCCAACUCUAACGAAUCUCACCGAAAUAGAUUUGAGUUUUUGUUACAAAGCAUGGGACAACUACAGUAUAGCAACUCUUGGAGCCAAAGAACAUUCCUCGUCUGAAGAAAUCAAGAAAUUGUCAGAAGCGUAUCUUGCGGUUUCGGAAGUUCAGUUAAGUCAUCCUGAAGUUCAAGACUUACUUAAGAAUAACUCAAAGUACGAAUUUGAUCUAAUUCUGGUAGAAUUCCUGUGGCCGGUAAUGUAUGGAUUCAAAGAUAUAUUUAAAUGCCCGAUGGUAGGAAUCGCAUCACUACCACUAACAGGCACGGCAAAUGAAGCUAUAGGAAAUCCGAAUAAUCCAGCACUAGAGCCUGAAUUUACACUACCAUUUUCCACGAAUCUAUCUUUCAAAGAAAGAGUGAUCAGUACGAUUUUCAAAGUGCUGUUUAAAGUCGGUGCAAAAGUUAGUCUGCGCCCGAAAAUGGAAAAAAUAUCGCAAAAACACUUUGGAAACAUUCGAAGAUUGGAAGUAAUAGCUCAAGAUGUGAGUCUAGUGUUGGUUAAUUCCAAUUUGGCUCUUCAAAAUGUUAAACCGUUGGUUCCUGCCCAUGUUGAAUUGUCAGGGAUCCACAUUAAAGAACCUAAACCCUUGCCUAAAGAUCUGAAAACAUUUAUGGAUGACGCUAAAGAAGGUGUGAUUUUCUUCAGCCUUGGCUCCAAUAUUAAAAGCGAACUUCUACCCGAAGAACAAGUUAAUAAAUUCAUGAACGUUUUCUCGCAGCUGCCAUAUAAGGUUCUGUGGAAAUUCGAAAACGAAAAUUUGCCGAAUAAACCUAACAACGUUGAAAUUAAAAAAUGGUUGCCUCAACAAGAUCUGCUACAUCACCCUAACAUGAAACUUUUCAUUACACAAGGCGGUCUCCAAUCCCUUGAUGAAGCAAUUCGUUCAGAAGUACCGAUCCUCACGAUACCAUUCUUUGCAGAUCAAAGAUACAACAGCCAUCAUUUAGCGCAAAGUGGAGGAUCCCUCUCAAUUGAUUUCCAUUCAUUCACGGAAGAAGAAUUCAAAGAGAAAAUCGUCGAACUCAUCAGUAAUCCAACGUACAAGAAGCAAAUUACAAAACUGUCAAAAAUAGCGAGCGAUCAACCUAUGCCGGCUUUGGAAAAAGCAGUCUGGUGGAUUGAAUACGUUAUAAGGCACGAUGGUGCUGAACAUUUAAAAUAUCCCGGAGUCGAUAUGCCGUUCUAUCAGUAUUUUCUCCUCGAUGUAAUUGCAUUUAUGGCUGGUACAGUCGGUUUGAUGUUCUACAUACUCAGAAGAAUUUUCAAACACGUUGUCGUAACAUACAAAGUGUUCAGUAAACUGCAUUCAGGUACUCUUCAGCGGCAGGUAACGACAGAAAUUCUACAGAUUCACCCUUGCUUUUGGGUUAAUCAAGAGCAAAGUUCCCCUUGUUUAGGAGAAAUAUCGUUUUACAAAACUGUGCUGCACGAUCUUAUCCCCGACUAA